GGGAAAGGAGGUAAAAACAGGCGAAGAGGUAAGCAUGAGAAUGAAUCUGGAAAGAGAGAAUUGGUCUUUAAAGAGGAUGGCCAAGAGUAUGCUCAGGUAAUCGAAAUGCUGGGGAAUGGACGAUUAGAAGCAAUGUGUUUUGAUGGUGUAAAGAGGUUAUGUCAUAUCAGAGGAAAGCUGAGAAAAAAGGUUUGGAUAAAUACCUCAGACAUUAUAUUGGUUGGUCUGCGAGACUAUCAGGAUAGCAAAGCUGAUGUAAUUUUAAAGUACAAUGUAGAUGAAGCUAGAAGUCUGAAGGCAUAUGGUGGGCUUCCAGAACAUACUAAAAUCAAUGAAACAGAAACAUUUGGUCCUGGAGAUGAUGAUGAAAUCCAGUUUGAUGAUAUUGGAGAUAAUGAUGAAGACAUUGACGAUAUCUAAAUUGAACUUAAAGUUUCAGAGUAUUUGUUCCAUAGUUUGGGUUUUGGCCAUCACCUGUCAAGAAGACUAAAAUUUCAGGAUAAUUGCAGUUUGCUAACACACACUGAUUUGUUUUCAUUGUUUUAAAGUGUUUAUUAUUACCUU